AUGUCACCACGCAACGCAGCCCAGGACGAAGUCCCGUGUACAGAGUCCGAGGAAGCCAUGGAGGGAGAAGCAGGCGAGGCGGCGAACAGCGGCUCUUCCUCGUCGUCUACCCCUACUACUUCUCUGCCACCCCACCAGGAGCCGCCACCGUCACUGCCACCACCAGGGGCUCCCGACGUGCUGCCGCUAGACCACACGUUGCCAGACCUCUUGCGGCAGGUGGCGGGCACGGAGGCGCUGCCCGCGGUGCGCGAGCUGAAGCUGCGCGUGAUCGCCCGCGAGACGAGCCUGCAGCGCCUCAGCCUGUACGUGCCCGCGCUGCGAGAGCUCAACCUGGACGGCUCCUGCCUCUCCUCGCUCAGGGACCUGGGCUGCGGGCUGGGCUCGCUGCAACUGCUGCGGCUGGCUGGCUGUGGACUGGACUCUCUGGAUGGCACCAGUGGACUCGCCGCCGUCAGGGAGCUCCACGCCCCCAACAACAGGGUCUCAGACGUCAGCCCCGCCGCCUUCCUGCCGCGCCUCAGAGUCCUCGACCUGCGACGGAACGCCGUAUGUGACCUGGCCGGUGUCGGCUUCCUGGCCUGCUGCCGGCGCCUGCAGAGCCUCCACCUGUCGGGGAACCCGGCCGCUGCCGCCAACACCUACCGCAGGGACGUGGCGCGCCUGUUGCCCAAGCUGCCCCAGCUCGACGGGCUCCCUCUGCAGCAACACGAAAAUAGGCGGCAGACGGGCGGCAGCGGUUCUGGUGUCCGGCCACAGACGGCGACGUCGGCUGCUCUGGUACUCGCCAAGCCGCAGCCGACGGGCAGCCGCGGGCCGACCAGAGGGCGGCGGCGGCCCUUCAGCGCGGCGCCCUGCCUGCCCACCUACCAGCGGCUGCCAGACGAAGGCGGUGUCGCAGCGGCGGACGGAGAUUCGCCGAGCGCUCUGACGUCUGGGGGAGUGGUGUGCGGCAACUUGGCAGCCGCGCUCCGCAGCAGGCGCAAGGGCGUGCGUGGCGCCUGGCAGGAGAAACCCGAGGCGGAUCCUUCAGCAGGUGGAGAGGCAGCUGACGUUUGUCCUCCGAGGACUGGGGGCCUGCUCGAGGCGUCGAGACGAUGGAGGCAGCUGUACGCCUCGUACCGCUCGCAACACAGAUGA